GGCACGGCCCCGGCGCGGCGCGGAGUGGCCCGGCCAUGGCGCGCUCGCUCAACUCCAUCGUGGCCGUCAGCCAGAACAUGGGCAUCGGCAAGGACGGGCGGCUACCCUGGCCGCCGCUCAGGAAUGAGUACAAGUACUUCCAGAGAAUGACGAGCACGGCCCGUGUGGAAGGUAAACAGAAUGCAGUGAUAAUGGGUAAAAAGACAUGGUUCUCCAUCCCUGAGAAGAACCGUCCUUUAAAAGACAGGAUUAAUAUUGUGCUCAGCAGGGAGCUCAAGGAAGCCCCAAAAGGAGCACAUUAUCUUUCCAAAAGUCUGGAUGAUGCUCUAGCUCUUUUGGAUUCACCAGAGCUGAAAAGUAAAGUAGACAUGGUUUGGAUCGUGGGAGGCACUUCAGUGUACAAGGCAGCAAUGGAGAAGCCAAUUCAUCAUCGAUUGUUUGUGACAAGAAUCUUGAAAGAGUUUGAAAGUGACACAUUUUUUCCAGAAAUUGACCAUAAAGACUACAAGCUUCUAACAGAGUACCCAGGUGUCCCUGCUGAUAUCCAAGAAGAGAAUGGGAUCCAGUACAAAUUUGAAGUGUAUGAAAAAACUGUCAUGGCACAAUAAGGGAGGCAUUUUGUACUUCUGUGUAAGGGCAGGUAUUUUAAACCAUGAAAUUGUACUGAGUGUAAAGAUUUAAAAUUAAAAUUUUGAAGAAAAUCAUGCCUGAUGGUAAAAUACCUCAGUAGUGAAUGGUUCCAAAAACCACACCCCACACUUUGAAGGUACACCCUGCAGAAGGGGGUUUGAGCAAUUCCGUGACAAAGGUUGCAGGAGACCUUGCACUGAUCCUACAAUCCAUGGCAGCAUCCCUGACAAUUCCACAGAUAAGGAAAGGCAUUAGACUGUGUUAGAGCUUUUCUGCUGAAUCAGAGAGUUUAGUGUCUCUCUCCUUGUUGAAAACGUGCUGCACUGAGAAAGCACCAAUCCUCCCAAGUUUGGCUGGGGUGCUGUGUACAUUGAUAACAGCCUUAUUGGUGUGGGGGUAAAGGUAAGCAAGCCCAGCAGGGGAAGGGGGAUCAGGAAGUCUCAUGCAGCAGUUGAGGGGUGCACUGAUCCAGGACCUGUUGUUAGUGUUCAGAAACACACAAUCACAGAAUGAUUAUAGGCAGGUGCUUUUAUUGAAGAGCUCUGGGUGUCAGGGGUACAGACCCAAAUCUGACUCCGACGUGGGUUUGAGAUGAACACCUUUUUAUACCCUUAUCAUUACAUAACUAUAUAUUAAUUAUUCAGCUUAUAUUUU